AUGACUCGUCCUGAAGUUACAUGGGCCCAGCGCUCCUCCAGCUCUGACGCCGAGCGUAACUACCUCUACGUCAACAUCAAGGCCCCCGAUGUAGAUCGCAAAGAAGCUACCCUCAAGAUCACCCCGACCAAUGUCACGUUCGCCGGUGAUUCCAAGAAGGGUGUUCGCUACGAAAUCUCCUUGGAUCUGUACGCUGAGAUCGACCCCGAGAACUCGAAAGUGAACCACAGCGACCGUGAGGUUGAGUUGAUCCUGCGCAAGAAGGAGCUGAAGGAGGAAUACUGGCCUCGUCUUCUGAAGGCUACUGAGAAGCAGCACUACCUCAAGACCGAUUUCGACAAGUGGGUCGAUGAGGAUGAGCAGGAUGAGGCUGCUGAGGAUGACUAUGCCAACAACUUCGGCGGAUUCGAAGGCCUCGGCGGCGGCGAGGGCGGUCUUGGAAACAUUGACUUCUCGAAGCUCGGCGCAGGCCUUGAGGGAAUGGGCGGUGCCGCUGGUGAUGCCCCUGGUGCCGAGGGCGAGUCGGAUGAUGAGGAGAUGCCCGAGCUUGAGGAGGCUGGGGAGCCGGCUAAGUCCUCCAAGGUCCAGGAGGUGUCUUAA